CACCACACUCUGCCCACCACCUUCACCGACUACCACUUUAGCGCCAAAUCUCGAGCGCUUCCCCCAACUGCGCACCUCCUCCCCCGCUCACCGCAGCCAUGGCGAACGACGAAUAUGACUUUCUCUUCAAGGUGGUCCUCAUCGGAGACUCAGGUGUCGGUAAAUCCAACCUGUUGAGCAGGUUCACCCGUAACGAGUUCAACCUCGACUCCAAGUCGACCAUCGGUGUCGAGUUCGCUACCCGUUCGAUCCAGGUGGACGCCAAGACGAUCAAGGCACAGAUUUGGGACACAGCUGGCCAGGAGCGCUACCGCGCCAUCACAUCGGCGUACUACCGUGGCGCUGUAGGAGCGCUGCUUGUUUACGACAUCAGCAAGCACCAGACCUACGAGAACGUUAUGAGGUGGCUGAAAGAGCUGCGCGGCUAUGCCGACUCGAACAUCGUUAUCAUGCUGGUUGGAAACAAGAGCGAUUUGAGGCAUCUGCGGGCAGUGCCCACCGAGGAGGCCAAGCAGUUUGCGAGCGAGAACAACCUCUCGUUCAUCGAGACGUCUGCCCUGGACGCCAGCAACGUCGAGCUUGCUUUCCAGAACAUUCUUACAGAAAUCUACCGCAUCGUCUCCAGCAAGGCACUCGACCAGGGAGAAGGUAGUCAGAACGUCCUCGGCGGCGAGCGCAAGGUCCUCGAGAUCAGCAAGUCGGCCGACGCAGAGCAGAAGAAGGGAUGCUGCUAGACGGAUACACACCCGCGCCCUCCAUGACGCACUGCGCUUGCGUCUCACGCACAAUCGAUGGAGACCUGCGCUUGAGCGUAUGAAAGCGCGAUGCGCUGCGCUGAACGACCAGAUACGCCUGUCAUGUGCAAAUGUCCACGAGUCAUGUCAAGUUUCACGGCGUCCAGGAUGUCUCAUUUGGUCGAUAACCCUCUUUCAACAUCUGCUUCCUGUUUCUGCUUCCAUUGCAGGCGCUUGGCUGUGCUGGGAUGAGCCGGCCUAGAGGUCUGUGUCUUGGUUUCCUGCAUGUUGAGGGGUCUUUUCUUUUUAGUUGAAGGUGGUAAUGUAACUGUGCUGCUGUAUGACAAUGCAAUGCAGCGUAUAUCCACUAUCAUAUCUCUGUC